AUGUUAACAACCAUACAACCACCGUUUAUAUAUUUGCUUCAGUAUACAUUUAUUAAAAGUAUUUUUGAAAAUAAAUACAUCGUCAUUUCCGGGUUGGUUGUUUCCCAUAAGGCACCGCGCGCGUCCUCACAUCCAAACAUGGCGUCGAGAGCUCCAGUGGCCAGCGGCAGGCUGCUGAGUGGUUUGAGGAAGUGGUAUUACAACUUGGCUGGCUUCAACAAACUGGGUCUGAUGCGAGACGACACGAGGUACGAGGACGCCGACGUGAAGGAGGCUUUGCGGCGGCUGCCAGAGGAGGAGUACAACGACCGCAUCUUCCGCAUCAAGAGGGCCCUGGAUCUGUCCAUGAAGCAGCAGAUCCUGCCCAAGGACCAGUGGACACAGUAUGAGCAGGACCGGCACUACCUGACGCCGUACCUGGACGAGGUGAUCCGCGAGAGGAAAGAAAAAGAGGAGUGGAUGAAGAAAUGAAAGAGUGAGCUGAACAUUACUGCUAUUUAACACAAACCCUCACUAAAAUGUGCAUUUGGAAA